GCAAGAGCAAGCGAGGGUGCAGAGUCGAAACGUGGUUUCGAGAGCACGCUCAUCACUCGAUCUAGUGCGGUCAUGAUUCUUCCCCAUCAAGGGACAGCAGCGGUGCUCGAGGUCAGCGCCCUGCCCCAUGUCCAAAGCAGUCUGUCUCUUUCGACAGAGACGAGGGACCUUCACGUGAGACGAGGCAGAAAGGGUCCAAGAUGUGAGCUUUAAUUUAGUUCGAUAAGAGAUAAGUGCGUGGGAUGCACUUCUCAUGCCCAAUCGACAUCAUGUCAUUGGACGCCUAUGCGCGGGCGCGCACCCUCAUCGACGAGGCCCACAAGCGGGACCCCCUUUACGGCAAAUCUCAAAGUAAGGAUCUGAGCCAGACUUCAAGCCAGACCGACGGCGGGGAAGGAGGCGCACGUGAACAGGAUGAGAUGGCCUAUGCCGAUGCCGUCGAGAGCUGGGCGAUGCGACUCAUCUCGAUGCAUUCGGGACAGGAGGAUGAGUUGCUGGCGUGCAUUCCAUCCUCUUCGGGCCGAGAGGCCAAGCUGGAGCUCGUGCGGCUCGGCGCGCGCUGCCAGCACCUCGAGCGCUUCCUUACGCCGCGCUCGUCGUACCCCGAGGGAAAGGCUGGAUAUCUACGCUGGAGGAGGGACCUGUACGGCAUCCAAGCCGAUCGAGCAAAGGAGCUCCUCGUCCAAGCUGGUGUUGCUGCCGAAGAGGCUGAGUGCGUGAGACGGUGGGUCAGCAAGACAGACCUCAAACCGGGCAAGGCCGAGGGUGACCGGGGCACACAGCUCCUCGAAGACGCCGCUGUGGUCGUCUUCCUCGAGGACCAGCUAGGCCACUUUGCCGGCAAGCACCCGGGCUAUACACGGGAGAAGUUUGUCGACAUUCUUCGCAAGACGUGGCGGAAGCUCUCGCCGCUCGGUAAGGAGGCUGCUGCGGGCCUCGACAUGGGCGAGGACCUCUCGCCGCUCAUUGCAGAGGCCACAAAGGGCCAGGCGGGGGAGCCAGAGGCGUGACGAGAUCUGCAUUGCAUUGCGUUGCCAUGUCCAAUGAAUCUAUAUCUCACCCGCCCUCCUCAUUCAGUCUCUUUGUCAUCUCCCUGAUGUGCCUCACCCACGCCUCGACGUCGCUCUCCUCCACCUCUGGAUCCCGCACU